AUGCAGCAUAUCAAUUCUCAAAGUCUACCUCAUAAUCAUGUAUCAACCCAUCAACAAAUCAAUUUAGAAGAAAAAUUAAAUGAAUUUCAAUUUCAAAAAUAUCCAACACCAGAAGAAACAAUAUCAAAUAAUAAAAAUAUAUUAUACAAACGUAAAAAAUUUUUUUCAACAAAUUUAAAAGAAUCAAUUCAAUUAAUUGAAUUUGUAUUGAUAGUCAUAUUAUAUCUUCGAGAUUUAUCAUUCUUAAAAUUAAUUAUAAGAUGUUGUAUUCAUUUAAUUAUUAUAAAUAUUAAUCCUGAAAUUUUUAAAUAUAAUCAAUUACAAAAUUCAAAUAUGAAUCAUUAUAUACAAGGAAUGAUCAAGAUGAGUUUUAAAAUUUUAAUUUAUGGGAAUUUAUUUAUAAUAUUGUUACAUUUAAUUUUUAGUCCUAUUAAUGCUAAAAAAUUUAUAAAUGAUGGUACGGGAUUUACUGGAUUUUCAAAUGGUGGAUUAACUGUUCAAUUUAUUGGGGAAAGAUUACCUUCAAAUAGAUUUGAAUUAAUAGUAUUAGAUUUAUGUUGUUUCUUUGUACAAUUGAUACUUUUGUAUAUAGUUGGAAUUGUUGAUAAUUAUGAAGUAUUUGGAUUACCGAAUCAAUUAGAUUCAAAGACAAGCUUGACUACUAAUGAAAUUGAAUUAACUAAUGAUGGUGAUACAAAUGUUCAAUCAACUAAUAUCAACGAUAAUGAAGAUCAAGAAGAAGAUGAUGUACAUAGAAAAGUAAUUUUAGAAGAAAAUGAUGGAUAUAAUGGUAAUGUUCAACUACUAACUAUUGAUUUAAUUAAGGGGAUUGAAAUGAUUAUGAAUAUUAAAGUUAAUAUAUUGGAUUCAAGAAGUUCUUCAUCAGAUAAUGACAUGGAAAAUCCUAAUAAUAAUGGCUAUUUUGGAUUCCCUGGCUCAUUCCCAUCAGCUGGUUCGAUGGUCUAA